AGCACCUUCUUUUUUUCCCAUCUCUUGCCUUUUUAAUGAAUGCUUUGUAGGUCCUUAACACUAAGACAUUAGCAUUGUUGGAUAAUUAUUGAUUCUAGUAAUUGGCCUUUUGUCUUAAGCUCCUUGUAUUUAUUAAUGUCUUAUUCUAUUCUUCAAUAAAUUUUGGUAAACAAGGAAAACAGAGGAAAUAACAUGGCUAAAGCCGAUUCUGCCACUCGUCUCUCUCUCAAUUCAUCGAUCGACUUUCUUCUUCUUCUUCGUCUUCUCGUGUUACUACUGCCUCUCAUUUGUGGUGCCUCAAAUCAACCUAAUAUUGAAGGUGAGGCUUUAAUCGAGUUUCUAACAGCUCUGAAAGACUCGAACGAAAAAAUAAAGGAUUGGGAUAGUCAUUUUGUGAGCCCUUGUUUCAGUUGGUCUCAUGUUACUUGUAUUAAUGGAAGUGUUGUUUCACUAAGCUUUCCGUCCAUCGGAUUUACGGGCACACUCUCACCAUCGAUUACCAGAUUGAAGUUUCUCGUUAGCUUGGAUUUACAGCAUAACAGUCUAUCGGGCGGCCUACCCGAUUCUCUAAGCAGCAUGUCGAAUCUGCAGAAUUUGAAUUUGGCGCACAAUAAUUUCAACGGCUCUAUUCCAUCUUCGUGGGGUCGACUUUCCAACCUUAAACAUUUGGUUGUGAGAGGAAACCACUUAAGCGGAUCUAUACCCGAAUCACUAGUAAACGUAACUGGCCUAAUCGAAUUGGACCUUUCGUCCAAUGAUUUCACCGGGAAAAUUCCUCAACAGCUGUUCUCGAUACCGACUUUCAACUUUACGGCGACUCAUCUGACGUGCGACAACAAUUUAAAGCAGCCCUGUAUUUCAAGCUCCUCUGUUCCAGUUUCUAAAAGAAACUCCAAAGUUCAAAUUCUUGUUACGAUAGCAAGCGUCGGCGCAUUCUCUCUCCUCUUGCUCGGUGCAUUCUUCGGAUACCGAUUCCAUCGCGUGCAUAAACUCAAGCAAGAUGUAUUCGUCGAUGUGGCCGGGGAAGAUGAGUGCAAGAUUUCGUUUGGACAGAUAAGAAGGUUCUCGUUCCGCGAAAUGCAGCUAUCGACGGAUAAUUUCAGCGAAAGUAACAUAAUCGGGCAAGGGGGUUACGGUAAAGUGUACCGAGGGGUGUUGGUGGACAACACUAGAGUUGCGGUUAAACGCCUCAUGGACUACCAUAGUCCCGGAGGCGAGGCGGCUUUUAUGAGGGAGGUUCACUUGAUAAGUAUCGCGGUCCACAAGAACCUCCUCCGUUUGAUCGGAUUUUGUACGACCUCGACCGAGAGAAUUCUCGUUUAUCCGUUCAUGCAGAAUCUCAGCGUUGCGUAUCGCCUUAGAGAUUUAAAACCGGGAGAGAAAGGGCUCGAUUGGCCAACGAGAAAACGGAUAGCUUUCGGUACGGCACAUGGCCUAGAGUACCUGCACGAGCAUUGCGAACCGAAGAUCAUUCACCGUGAUAUGAAGGCUGCAAAUAUUCUUCUCAAUGAUGAAUUUGAAGCUGUUCUUGGAGAUUUCGGAUUGGCCAAAUUAGUUGACGCGAAAGUGACCCACGUGACGACUCAAGUACGUGGAACAAUGGGACAUAUUGCCCCCGAGUAUUUGUCUACUGGAAAAUCGUCAGAGAAAACGGAUGUGUUUGGUUAUGGUAUAACACUUCUUGAAUUAGUUACGGGACAACGUGCAAUAGACUUCUCUCGACUCGAAGAAGAGGAGGAUGUUCUUCUUCUUGAUCAUAUCAAGAAGUUACUGAGGGAGAAGCGGAUCGAGGACAUAUUGGAUGGUAAUUUGAAAAACUACGAGGGGAAAGAAGUUGAGACGAUACUCCAAGUGGCGAUGCUUUGCACGCAAAGUUCACCGGAAGAUCGACCGAGAAUGGCGGAAGUUGUGAGCAUGCUUGAGGGAGUUGGUUUGGCUGAGAGGUGGGCAGAGUGGGAGCAUCUUGAACAAGUGAGGAUUCAAGAAUUUUCAAUAAUGCCACACAAGUUUCUUUGGGGUGAAGAUUCUACUCAUGAUCAAGAAGCUAUACAAUUGUCACAAGCAAGAUAGUCAUUUAUUUAGUACCAAAUUAUAAGGUGUAACUAACUAAAAGGGCUGUUUGUUUGAGAUUU